CGUCGCACUCCGCCGUGCGUCUGCGUCCCUCUCAGCCACCGAGUGCCCAGCGCGCCGAUUCCUCCCCGAACCGAGCCGAGCCGAGCCGAGCCGAGCCACGCCGUGCGUCUGCCGCCCCCCGCCCCCCCCCACACCCCUACCCCCUAAACGCACCCCCUCGCCACCACCACCGCCACCCCACCCUCGCUGUGUCCGACCGCCGAGCUGUGGCGAUGGAGCCGUGACCACCCUCGGCGUGCGCGCAAACCGAACCGAGCGUGUGAACCGGGCAAAGGAUCCGAGGAGGCAGCUGAGACCGAGCGGCUGUGGAGGAGAGGAGCGCAGGGAGGCUGCAGUCCGCCGCGCGCCAAUCGACAGACCCGCUUGUCCGGAUUACUCUUUUUCUUUUUGCACCAUUUCGCCUCCAACAGAAGAGGGACUUUCUUCGAGGAUGCAGGGGAAGGGGGCGCGCUUUCGCACGGGAUGCUGGAGACUAACGCUGCUGUCGUGCGUCCUGGCCAUGCACGCGAUCCCGGCGCCGGUCCACGGAAUUGUUGACGGGACCAAUGUCACUGAGCUGGGCAAUGCGGGCAAUGUCACCUCCCUUCUCGCGGAGGAGCAAGGACCUGCCAAGGUCAACAAGCCCAUCGCCACGGCAACCGAGAUGAGCAGCUCGGCCAGUCCUGACACGAUCAGCACUGUGACGCUGCGGGCGGGCCGCGUCCCCCGCGCCGGCGAAGACGAGGAGCAGAGCAGCGGCAUGUUUGGCGAAUCGGUGGUUCCGGCGGUGGAGGAAAUAGGCGUGGCGGCCUCGCCUGAGCUCAUCCCCGAUUCAGCUGAGACGGAGCACCUGCUGCCUAGCAACCCGCGUAAACAGGAUGCCGUGGAUGGUGAGGUGGAGGACAAGGAGGAGCGUUUGCCGAACACCGACCCAACUUGGAUCCAUGCCGAGGACACAGCCGUGUUUGACCUGGACCGCCUUUUCACCACCACUGCUCCGCCCCCGGCCGCCACCAACCCCUCCAACCCCGACGUCCUCCAUGUGGACUUCUUCGACCCCUCCUCCCGUGGGCGCAGCCUGGACCUGGCCCCGCCCUCUCCCUCAUCACUGGCCCAUGAGCUGCAGGGUGGCGACCCGACCUCCUGGGCGAUGCCUGACAACUACGACUACCUCACGCCCUAUGAGGACGGCGUGUCCCCAACUGCCGACGAGUACACCUACAGCACCACGACGGGGGCCUACGAGAGCGACGACGACCUCCGAUCGUCUGCUGGGUCUCCGGGCCGCUCGAGGCCUCGGGCCCCAGGGUCUGGCCCCCUCAUCCCGGGGGCGGCACUUCCUGGUGCGGGAGCUCCUGUACCAAACGUCCCCGCAGCCGCUCCCCCUGCAGCCUCACCGGUGGACGGGUCGGAUGGGUUGGGCGGAUGCCGCGUGGGUUACCCGAUGGUGAACGGAAGUUGCCGCUCGCCCUGUGACGCACUGCCCAACUACUGCUACAACGGGGGACAGUGUUACCUCCUGGAGGGCAUGGGAGUCUUCUGCAGAUGCAACAUCCAGGAUUACAUCUGGCACAAGGGCGCCCGCUGCGAGUCGGUGGUCACGGAGUUCCAGGUGAUGUGUCUGGCCGUGGGCGCCUCGGCCCUGGUGGUGCUGCUGCUCUUCAUGAUCGUCGUCUGCUUCGCCAAGAAGCUCCACGUGCUCAAGACGGAGAACAAGAAGCUGCGCAAGCGCAGCAGUAAGUACCGGCCUUCAUCGGAGCAGCACAAUGAUAAUUUCUCGCUGUCCACCAUCGCUGAGGGCUCCCACCCAAAUGUAAGGAAACUGUGCGACACCCCUCCUAACGUCCCUCAUGCCCGUGCAUUGGCUUACUAUGAUAACAUUAUCUGUCAGGACGAUCCGAACUCCCAGAACAAGCUGGAGGACCCGGUGAAGGCCCCGUCCAAGGAGGACGACUCCCUCAAUAUCCACAACUCUCUGACCCCCAAACACGAGAACCACAAGGUCCUGGGCGAGGAGAACUCCUCGGAGGUAAACUCUCUGCAGAACAACAUGAUGUGAAAACAGAAAAAAAACACACAACAACCCCGGCAACCUGCGACGCGACCCCCCCCCCCCCCCGAACCCCCACCCCCCCUCCCCCCAAACGUGGUGAGGUGCACCAGCAACAGGAAGCCCCCAGACACCCGGUCAACCAACCAACCAACCAACCAACCAGCCUGCCAACAAACCAGCCAACCAACACAGUCUGCAACCGUCUCUGACGCGGCAACACUGCCACCAAGCGGCCCGGGCUGCUGAAAAACACUUACACCACCGCCACUGCCACUGCCCGAGCUAAGAGUAACCCCGCCCCUGCCGCCGCCUCGCAACCCCCACCCCCACCCCCAUGACAUCCACUCACUCCCUUGUUUCGCAGCCCCGCCCCCUUAUUGCUGUCACUCUAAUCUCCCUUAUCUCUCUUACCUGCACACACACACACACACACACACACACACGUAGUCUACACACAUACAGUGAAAAGAUGACAUAAGACAUAAACAUGCUUAUAUGUAUACACACACACAGUACACACACCUUCCCCUGCCUGCAUUGGUGUAUUUUGUAAAAAGAAAGAAGUCAUACAGAAGUUUAAAACUUACGUAAAACGUCAUUGUAAAAGAAAUAAAUAAAAAAAGUUAAGAUAAAGCUACUGAGAGGUUUUGAUGUUUGUCUUACUAAUCCAGUGAGUAUGUAUAAAUAUUGGAAGAAAAAAAAUUGCUUGGAUUGAUUUUAAAAGAAGCAACACAAUGUGUCUUGGUUUGCAUUGAUGUGAUUUCUAAUCCUUUGAUGUACUUGUUUUUUUUUUUUGUACUUUUUUGCGAACAGAGAACAAAAACGACAUGAUUCAGACAGUUGUUGAAAUAAACCUUUUUAACAUGA